AUGGAGGAGCCGGACGUCCAGAACCCGUCUGCUGAUGAAGACACAGAGCAGGAGCCUCUGGUCAACAGCCUGGACAUUUUCCUCCUCUCACUCAUCGCCGGACUCUUGAUCUACUGGUUUUUCUCACGCAGAAAACCACAAGACAUUCCAGACUUCAAGAGACUCACGCCCACGGUAGUGACUCCCGCUAGAGAGACCAGCUUCAUUGAAAAGAUGAAAAAAACUAACAGAAACAUCGUGGUGUUUUAUGGGUCACAGACGGGGACGGCCGAGGAGUUCUCCAACCGGCUAGCCAAAGACGCCCAGCGCUACGGAAUGCGAGGGAUGGCGGCCGACCCAGAGGAGUUUGACAUGUCUGAACUUCCACGUUUGACCGAGAUUGACAACUCCCUGGCCAUCUUCUGCAUGGCCACCUACGGCGAGGGAGACCCCACCGAUAACGCCCAGGACUUUUUCGACUGGUUACAGGAGACGGACGACAGUCUAGAGGGAAUCGGUUUUGCGGUGUUUGGUUUGGGAAAUAAAACCUACGAACAUUUUAAUGCCAUGGGAAAAUAUGUGGAUAAACGCCUGGCGGAGCUUGGAGCCAAGAGGAUCUUUGACCUGGGCUUAGGAGAUGAUGAUGCCAACCUUGAAGAGGACUUUAUCUCUUGGAAAGAGCAGUUCUGGCCAGCCGUGUGUGAGUUCUUUGGAGUCGAGGCCACAGGAGAGGAAUGCAGUAUCCGGCAGUUUGAACUGGUGGUUCACAAUGACAUCAAUAUGAACCAAGUGUACACGGGAGAGCUGGGCCGACUCAAGAGCUUUGAGAACCAGAGACCGCCUUUUGAUGCUAAGAAUCCUUACCUGGCUCCAGUAACCGUUAACCGUAAACUGAACAAAGGGGGGGAUCGUCACCUGAUGCACCUAGAGCUGGACAUCUCAGGAUCAAAAAUCAGAUAUGACUCAGGGGACCAUGUGGCAGUUUAUCCCACAAACGACAUGACUCUGGUGAAGAGACUUGGAGAAGUCCUGCAUGUGGACCUGGACACUGUCAUGUCACUCAACAAUCUGGACGAGGAGUCCAGUAAGAAGCACCCUUUCCCUUGCCCUACCACCUACCGGACGGCUCUGACGCACUACCUGGACGUCACCAACCCUCCGCGGACCAACGUGCUGUACGAACUUUCCCAGUACGCCGCCGACCCCACAGAGCAAGAGAACCUCCGCAAGAUGGCCUCCGCCUCUCCUGAGGGCAAGGCCCUGUACCAGAGCUGGGUGGUGGACUCUCAGAGGAACAUCCUCGCCAUUUUAGAAGACCUCCCUUCCCUUCGCCCUCCUAUCGAUCAUCUGUGUGAGCUGCUACCUCGUCUUCAGGCCCGCUACUACUCCAUCGCCUCCUCCGCUAAGGUUCAUCCCAGUUCCGUCCACAUCUGCGCCGUGGUUGUGGAGUACACAACGCCAACUGGCAGGGUCAACAAAGGGGUGGCCACUAACUGGCUGAAGAACAAAACUGUGAAUGACAAUGGUCACAAGUCCACUGUCCCCAUGUAUGUCAGGAAGUCCCAGUUCCGACUGCCUUUCAAAGCCAGCAACCCCGUUGUGAUGAUUGGACCAGGCACAGGCAUUGCCCCCUUUGUCGGCUUCAUUCAGGAACGAGCCUGGCUCAAGCAACAAGGGAAGGACGUGGGUGAGACGGUGCUCUACUACGGAUGCCGACACAAAAGCGAAGACUAUCUUUACCAAGAGGAACUGGAGGAGUUUGAGAGGGCCGGAGUACUGACGCAGUUAAACGUGGCGUUUUCUAGAGAUCAGGAGCACAAGGUAUACGUCCAGCACCUGCUCAAAAAGAACAAGGAGCACUUAUGGAAUCUGAUCCACUCUAAAAAUGCACACAUCUACAUUUGUGGAGACGCUCGUAACAUGGCCCGGGAUGUGCAGGCUGCCUUCCACGAGAUAGCAGAGGAAGCAGGAGGUCUGACUCACAGUCAGGCCGUGGACUAUUUUAAACGCCUCAUGACCAAAGGUCGCUACUCACAAGACGUGUGGAGUUAA